CAUGGUCAAGGUUGGAUACCAAAUUAGUAAACGAGCACCGAAUCCGAUCAUUUCUCCCCUUGUUCAGCUACCGCCAUGGAAUCGAAUGACAUGCAAGUCGAUGUCGUGCCCAACAUCGUCCACGUCCCGCUUCCAGUGCUACCAUCUGUGCCACCGCCUCCAGACUCGUACGACGAUCAUCGUGGUACAAACAUUCCUAUUAUCAUCGACAACGGGUCUACCACCUUCCGCUGGGGUUUUGCUGACUCAGAGGUGCCUAGAUUUGGACCUAAUGCUAUAUCCAAGUACAAGGAACGAAAGACGAAUAAACCUCUCCUUCUUUUCGGCGAAGCCAUUGAUGUAGAAAGUGGGGCUAAAGCACAGACGAGAACCGCUUGGGAAGGCGACGUCCUGCUGAACUUUGAUGCUUUGGAGAAUGCCCUGGAUUAUGCGUUUGUCAAUCUUGGGCUCGAUACGCCCACUGUGGAACAUCCUGUGUUAAUGACGGAAAGGUUGAGCACACCGUUGCACUCAAGGGCUCUGACUUCGGAGCUGAUGUUCGAACAAUAUUCGGUCCCAGCCUUGUCGUACUGUAUCGACGGGCUGAUGUCAUUUUAUGCAAACAACAGAAAACCGGAAACUAGCAACCCUUUCCAGUUUGAAGAAGAUGGUCUGUGCAUAUCUUUUAAUACAGCUUCGACCGCUGUGAUGCCUAUACUGAAUGGAAAGGGUGUUCUGAGCCAUGCAAAACGCAUACCUUGGGGGUCGCUUCAAUCUUCGGAGUACCUCUUGAAGCUCAUCCAACUCAAGUAUCCCAACUUCCCGACACGUGUCACGACAACGCAAUCUAAUUGGAUGCUGCGAAACUUUUGCGAUGUAUCGACUGACUACUCGGCGCUUCUCAAGUCUUUAACAGACCCUCUCAAACUGCGUGCAUCGGAGACCAUCAUACAGUUCCCCUUUGCACUCCAUGUAGCUGAAGAGAAGACGGAAGAGGAGCUGGCCAGAAUUGCAGAAAAACGGAAAGAGCAAGGACGAAAACUUCAAGAAUUAGCGGCAAAAACGCGAAUGGAAAAGCUGUUGCAAAAGGAGAACGAUCUUCAACACCUGUUGGAGCUCAGAGAAUCCAGGGCCGAAGAUGGAAAGAGAGAAUGGAAUAACAAAUUGUCCGCUGAGGGCUUUGAUGAUGACGCUCAGUUGGAUGAGACGAUCAAAAAGUUGGAGUCUGACCUCAAGAAAGCCAGAAAGAAAGAAGCUGCAGACGGUGGAGAUGAUCCUAUGGAAGAACCUUCUUUCCCGCUCGUGGACGUUCCGGAUGCCGAUUUAGACGACGAAGGUCUCAAGGAAAAGAAGAAGCAAAAGCUGAUCAAGGCGGGAUACGAAGCACGUGCACGAGCAAGGCGCGAAAAGGAACGCGAAAAGGAGGAAAAGGAACGUGAAGAGAAACGGGAGGAAGAGGAACGUGAAGCAGAUUUGGGCGGGUGGUCCAGAAAGCUGCGACAAGAGCAAGAAGCUCUCAUGGACCGAAUCAAAAAUCGUUCAAGGAGAAAAGCUGCGUUGAGCGAUAGAAAGAGUGCCGCCGCUCAGGCGAGGAUGAAGAGCAUUGCAAACCUCGCUGCAGAUGACAGGAUAUCCAAAAAGAAAAGGAAAGGGGUGGGAGAGGAUACGUUCGGUGCUGAUGAUGCCGACUGGGCGAUCUAUCGAAAAAUAAACACCGCUGCACCUUCAUCUGAUGAAGAGGAGGACCUAAUCCAAUUGCAGUUAAUCGAACAGAAGCUUUUAGCUCACGAUCCUACUUUCACGGCUCAGCAUACGCACGCGUCAAUAACGGCCCAACGGUCCGCACUGCUAACCGCUUUCAAACCUGUCUAUGAGGAGGGUGAUGUUGAGGGCAACACACGUAUUCAUUUAAAUACAGAAAAGUGGAGAGUCUGCGAAGCCUGGUUUUCGCCGGGGAUCGCAGGCGUUGAUUCUGCAGGCGUCGGGGAGGUCAUUCAGAACAUCUUGUCUCGUUUCAGUGAUGCCGAAAAGGCGAGACUCGUCAAGAACAUAUUUCUCACUGGGUCACCUUCGCAGUUUUCUGGGAUGAUCCCAAGACUGCAUAACACUCUAAGGCCCUUACUUCCCCAGGACAUGCCGGUCAACAUUGUAAGGGCGGCAGAUCCAUCCUUAGAUGCGUGGAAAGGCAUGUCCUUGUUCAGUGUAACCUCGGAGUUCGAGAAGACUUGCUUUACCAAAGCCGAAUACGAGGAGCACGGUCCAGAGAAGAUCAGGAAGUGGUGGGGAAGUAAUUGGAACAACUCGUAUAUAUAGCUAACGUGCAUCUCUUCCCUGUACAUCUUUAUUGAGCUUCUGUGCUUCUUGGGAUGCGAUGCUUUCAGCUUAAUUCUAGACCUCAAUCUUACGAAUACGCGCUCCCCUUUCUACCGAUUCCAAGUAUCACAAAACGCUGGUCGUAAAUAAGUGCGAGUUGACAUGUUUGAAGUACGGACCACAAGCAUCGGAACUGACAGGAUCUUGAACGCGUGGAACAUAGGACGAGAGCUCUAAAUUGACGGAGACCCGGGCUUGUUUAAUGUUAGGUCAACGCGGAA